UGACAAGCUCGAAUCGACUGUGUAUAGGGCUAACCCACUAUCAAUGGGUAAGCGCAGUAUUUCUAGUCCGUUAGGUUUGAUCUGUCAUGAAAAUUAACAGUAAAGAGCAGUGGAGGUUAUAUGCUUGUGAAAAUAAGAUGCCCCCGCUGAGUGAGUGAUGACAAGCCGUGGGGAGGCUGCUGACAUUGACGAUACAGCAGUGACUGACUAAAAUGGGAGCGCGGCGAAGCAAUGACAAUCGAACCGUAUCAAUGGGGGAACCAGCGAUCUGGUGCUGAGGAGAACGGAGCAUCAUCACCGACCAAAACACCAGCCUACAGCAUCUCAACAGAAUCCGACACAUAACAAAGAUGGCCAUUUCAAGAUGGAAAUUCGACUGACAGAUAAAAAGGACCUGUGAGACGUCGGGUGGAAACUGGGGACCCUGUCGGAGCUACAGCCACACAUGCUGUCUCCCUCACCCCACCAGCCUCAGCAUGCCCACUUCCGAGGCGCCCAGUGUGGGCAGUAACUCCAGCACCGUGCCCUGGGACCCUGGUUCCUCUGGUCCUCCUGGCCCCACAGAUUGGCCGUCGGUGGCCAACAGCAUAGUGAAGAUGGUGCUGAUCUCAGCCAUUGUGUGUGUGUCUCUGUUUGGUAACGUGGUGGUGUUGUUGGUGUUCCAGAGGAAGCCUCAGCUCCUCCACGUGGCCAACCGCUUCGUGCUCAACCUCCUCCUGGCAGACCUGCUCCAGACCGUGCUGGUCAUGCCCUUCGCCAUCGCUGCCACUAUGCCCGGCGUGUGGCCCCUGGACGCCCGCCUCUGCCAGGCCCUGGUGGUGCUCAUGCACCUGUUUGCCUUUGCCGGGGUCAACACCAUCAUCGUGGUGUCGGUGGACCGUUACCUGGCUAUCAUCCACCCACUGUCCUACCCCACCCGUAUGACCCCUCAUCUGGGCACCAACCUCAUCGCAUGCACCUGGGUGCUCAGCCUGCUCCAGAGCACGCCACCCCUCUACGGCUGGGGGGCCAUAGACUUUGACCGCAGGCAUAACGUGUGUUCUGUGGUGUGGUCCUCUAGCCUGUCCUACUCAGCCCUGGUUGCCACGUUCUCCUUCUGGCUGCCUGUGCUCAUCAUGCUGGGCUGUUACUGGAUGGUGUUCAGGGCAGCAAGGAGGCAGAACGCCCUGGUGCACCCCAUCCAGACCCACUCUAAGUCCCAAACUAACCAGCCUCCGGACCCCCAGGCCCCCUGCAUCGGCAGCCCUCAGCGCCUGCCCCAACAGCCACCCCCACCCUUGGACUCCUUCUCAGCCGGGGGGUACCCCAUUCGGGGCAGGCACAGACGUUUCCAUUACCACUGCAAGGCAGCCCGGGUGGUGUUUGUUAUCAUGGCAUCGUACAUCCUGAGCAUGGGACCUUACAGUGUUCUCAACACGAUGUCCAUUCGCUCCAGUGCUGCUGUGCCUCCAUGGCUGGCCUCCCUAGCCCUGGUGCUCUUCUUCUUGCAGUGCUGCCUCCACCCCUACAUCUACGGCUACAUGCACCGCAGUGUGAGGAAGGAGUUCCUGGCCCUACUGUGUGGUCCACUCUGCAGGCAGGGCCUUCUCUUCCACACCUCUGCACAGGACAGCUGCUUCACCGUGACCGACGGACGAUCCACGCAGCCCCAUCUGCCCAGCCUGGCUGCCCGCGUCUGCCACCUCCGCACCUGGGAGGAGGGCACCACCACGGAGGCUACCUCCUCCACCAUGGAUAGGAGGUCCAGGGACAGCCGCAAAGACACCACCUCCACCAGCCUGAGCUCUGAGAGAGAGCUCACCGUCCACACCACCACGUAGUAGACAAGUCUACAGCGAAACAGCCUGGGAGAUGGGUUGAACUGUUUUUCGUGUGGCAGUUUUCCCCUCCAGUGAAGACAUGGUUAUUCAGCAUGGCUAAACUUGAGCAGAUUUGCCUUCUGGUCUACAGGGUUUUCCAUUCUGACAAUAGCUAUGUUUCCAUGAACUUGUCCAGUAAUUUUUUUUGUUGACGUUUAGAAAGUUUGCAUAGUGAGUUUCCAUUUAAAACAAACUUAUGUCGAUAAAAACAGCUGUACGUAAUGACGUCACAACGAAUAAAACACGUUUUCGGGAAAAACCUAUAGUGUCGAAUAAAAAUGAAGUGGUUGAAGUGCUUCCAUGACCCGUUUAGGCAAAUUGCGCAUUAAUAAAUUGUCGACAGCCUAGAAUAAUUGGGUGGUGACACUUGCAUCCAGCCAACCAGAAAAUCUAUGUGAAGCAAUUCAGCCAUUCUUGAAAGUCGGGCCAAGGAUCCUGCAAAGAAACAAUUUUUUUAUAGUUAAAACAUUGAUUUAGCAGGCUGUAGGCAUUUAGAAUUCAAAUGUGGAGUGGCGCUUCAUAGUGCGUGUUGAAAUCAAAAGUAUUUGGCAAUACAUUUUUCAGAAAAACACAGUUUCUAUCAUCAUUUUUUGCAAUAAAGAAAGUUUGACAAAAGAAAACUCCACCCCUGUUGAAUGGAUAAAAAGGUUGUCGAUCUGAAGAAAAUGUCUCCUAUAUCUGCCGUUUCCAUUACACAUCACAAUGAGACCUGUCCUGCAGUGUUUUCCUUGAAAAGCCAUUGUUAGUUCUCCUACUGUUCAGUUAUGGUUGAUGCGUAAUUUUGAGUGUUUUCUACCCUCAGAGAAAAAUCUAUGUCAAACAUCCACGAAACAGAUCAGUACUAUCAUAUCAAAUUGAAAGAACAUGCCGCAAAUGUAUUUGACUGUUCUAACCGUUGUUACAGACCACAAACUCCUCAUGGUGACAGCUAAUUAUGUUUGUCUCCUGUGAGGAGUAUUACUACUCACCCUGCCUGUAGUGCAAUAAUAUUGUAACUGUACUGUAUAAUAUAACACAUGAUGUCAAGGAAGAGAUGGCUGAGAGGGACCUAAAUGACAGGUGAUUCAUGUAAUUCAUGAAUCUGAUUCACUAGUUUAGCAGCAGAAUUAUCACAACUAGCUACCUAUCAUAUGCACAGUUGUCCUUCUGCAUUUCCAGAAUCUCAUCUACUAUCCCCAUUUAUCUCUGUGCCCCAUUACUCAGUAAGAUUAUCUCUGUGCCCCAUUACUCAGCAGUAAGAUUCUCUGUGCCUCAUUACUCAGUAAAAUUAUCCCUGUGCCCCAUUACUCAGUAAGAUUAUCUCUGUGCCCCAUUACUCAGUAAGAUUAUCUCUGUGCACCAUUACUCAGUAAGAUUAUCCAUGAUUAUCCCUGUGCCCCAUUACUCAGUAAGAUUAUCCCUGUGCCCCAUUACUCAGUAAGAUUAUCUCUGUGCCCCAUUACUCAGUAAGAUUCUCUGUGCCCCAUUACUCAGAAAGAUUAUCUCUGAUUAUCCCUGUGCCCCAUUACUCAGUAAGAUUAUCUCUGUGCCCCAUUACUCAGUAAAAUUCUCUGAUUAUCCCUGUGCCCCAUUACUCAGUAAGAUUAUCUCUGAUUAUCCCUGUGCCCCAUUACUCAGUAAGAUUAUCCCUGUGCCCCAUUACUCAGUAAGAUUCUCUGUGCCCCAUUACUCAGAAAGAUUAUCUCUGAUUAUCCCUGUGCCCCAUUACUCAGUAAGAUUAUCUGAUUAUCCCUGUGCCCCAUUACUCAGUAAGAUUAUCUCUGUGCCCCAUUACUCAGUAAAAUUAUCUCUGAUUAUCCCUGUGCCCCAUUACUCAGUAAGAUUAUCUCUGUGCCCCAUUACUCAGUAAGAUUAUCUCUGUGCCCCAUUACUCAGUAAAAUUAUCUCUGAUUAUCCCUUUGCCCCAUUACUCAGUAAGAUUAUCUAUGUGCCCCAUUACUCAGUAAGAUUAUCUCUGAUUAUCCCUGUGCCCCAUUACUCAGUAAGAUUAUCCCUGUGCCCCAUUACUCAGUAAGAUUCUCUGUGCCCCAUUACUCAGAAAGAUUAUCUCUGAUUAUCCCUGUGCCCCAUUACUCAGUAAGAUUAUCUCUGAUUAUCCCUGUGCCCCAUUACUCAGUAAGAGUAUCUCUGUGCCCCAUUACUCAGUAAAAUUAUCUCUGAUUAUCCCUGUGCCCCAUUACUCAGUAAGAUUAUCUCUGUGCCCCAUUACUCAGUAAGAUUAUCUCUGUUCCCCAUUACUCAGUAAGAUUAUCUCUGUGCCCCAUUACUCAGUAAGAUUAUCUCUGAUUAUCCCUGUGCCCCAUUACUCAGUAAGAUUAUCUCUGAUUAUCCCUGUGCCCCAUUACUCAGUAAGAUUAUCUCUGUGCCCCAUUACUCAGUAAAAUUAUCUCUGAUUAUCACUGUGCCCCAUUACUCAGUAAGAUUCUCUGAUUAUCCCUGUGCCCCAUUACUCAGUAAGAUUAUCUCUGUGCCCCAUUACUCAGAAAGAUUAUCCCUGUGCCCCAUUACUCAGUAAGAUUAUCCCUGUGCCCCAUUACUCAGUAAGAUUAUCCCUGUGCCCCAUUACUCAGUAAGAUUAUCUCUGUGCCCCAUUACUCAGUAAGAUUAUGCCUGUGCCCCAUUACUCAGUAAGAUUAAGCAGCCUGCCAGUGUUGCCAAUAAACUCAGGGUGUUAUGGGGACUGUGGAGUGCCCAUGCAUGUCCUUGAAGCCUCUUGAGCCUGUGAACACCACUCUCUCUGCCCCUGUACCGUCUGGUUCCCUUUCAAAGCACCUCUUGUUACUGAGCUGUGCAGUGUCUCAUUGACUGUUCCCAUCCACUACCAAGGGAACUGCUCUAGACAGCCUUCUGAGAGGUACACUGUUCAUGUUUGCCUUAGCCAGUUUGGCUCUCUCAUCUCAGAGGUUCAAAGGAGGCCGGCUGAGAGCUCUAACAAAAUCCCCAUCUUGCCUGAAUGCGGCCAUGCGUCAUGGUAGGGCUCCACUGACUCCAUAUUUGCCCACUUUGCAGCUUCUGUAAAGCGUAGAUAGUAUUAGUAUACCAUGUCAGUAUUGGUGUUACUUUAUCUUUGCACUUUAGCAGAGCAUAGUGCAUUAAGUAUCCAUCGAUAUGAAACAGGUUGCAAUGUACUGUAAACCAUUACCAGGGAUUUUAUUCAUGUGUCGACCUCAAAAUAUUGGUUAAAAUAUUCAAUACGGUAAAAUGUACAUAACUCAUACAAAUGUGUGCAUAUUGAUUCGGAAAUGUAUUGCUCAAAGCCAUGAUGAAUGUACAGUAUAUGUAGAGAUCAGUCUCUGACCAUGGUCUUGAGGAACCAUAACGGUUGGUUUUCAUAGUACCUCAAGUGAAAUUGUUCAAUCUAAAGCAAGCUCGUCACAGACCUGUUGGUUACCAAACUGGAGCAUGGUGCUGAUAUUGUGUUACAGUAGUUCUUUUCAGCAUUGGUUCUUCUCUGUUCUGAGUGGAAGUCCUUCAGCAAGUGUAAUCUGUAUGCAUGUUGAGAGGCUGAAGUGUUACGUAUGAGUGAAAUAGACUCGAGUGCUGAGAACCUCAAUUUUCAGCUAUUUUGUUUAAAAGGUAGUUGACUUGGAGAGAGUUGACAAUAGACACUAUUGUAAAAAGUACUGUGUGAUAUGUUUCCUGUUGAAUAUGUCAUAGUGAAACUAAAGUAAACAACAUGUUUUAUAUGCAGUCCUUAUUUAAAAACUAGAGAUGUGUGGAUUUCUAUUGUGCUUUUUUUUUAUAGUUCAGAAUUUUCAACAUGGUCCGAGGAUGUGUUCAUUUAUAAAAAUUAAUAAAAUGUGAGUUGACAACGCUGAACAGAACUCCUUUAAUGCAAUGUCAGUAAGAGUGAUGCUUUUCCUUUAAAGAGGCAAUCCGGCAUUUGAAAAACAAAGAGGCAACCCAGUCAAGUGUUUGAUUCUUGAAGAAUAUAUGCCUGUAUAUCAUUCAUUUAAGUAAAAAAAAAAAAAUGUAUGUACCAAUCCCGGGUUGCCUCUUUAAAAAGGUGGGAAAAUGUUCAAAUGACAUCACCAAUUCCAUCUGAGUAUAGAGAAAGUGAAAAUGCAGUAGCUCUUGCCAAUGAAUCAAAUGUAUUUAUUAUUUGUAAAAACAUUAUCACCUUAGGCGAUGACUCCACACUGCUAAAAAGAAAGAGCUGCAGUAGUUUUAUACAUAUUAGUUACAGUAAGUUACCUAAUAAGAAAUACUGUAAUGCAUUUGCGUAAACUACCAACUUGCUUCCUCCUGUGCCGUGUGAGAUAUUUAAAAAAAAA